UCUCGCGAGAAUGUUUGUGACGUUUGUGAGAAGGGUCGUCAGUCUUACUUCCUUGUUCAAAUUAUGACAACCACUGUACGGCCAAACUUUAUCAAAGUGGAGUUUCUUUCAAGGUGAAGCUAGCCUCCUACAGGAGAAAUGGGAAACUGUUUAUCCAGGAAGGAGGAUGUGGGCAAGCUGCCGCCCUCCAUCAACCAACUGAAUGGCGGUAAUCUAGAUCACAGCAGUCCGCCAACCAGCCCUCAAGAUGUCACCGUGGGCUUCAACAAGCGGGAUCUCCCGCCGCUGCCAGCUUCAAAAAAGGUGUUCAAAUUCCUGGCUAUGUACGAUUUUGACGGUAUAAAUGAGGAUGACCUGUCUUUCAAGAAGGGAGAUCGUCUGGAGAUUGAUGAAACCAGUCAGAACAGUGACUGGUGGAUAGCUACCAGCGUGAAGACGGGGCAUCAGGGCUACAUCCCCAGCAACUAUGUCUGCAAGGACGAUGACUCACCACAGGCUCAAGAUUGGUGGUUCAAUUUUGACCGCAAAGACUCCGAUAAGAUGUUGCUUCUUCCGGGUAACAAGGUCGGCACAUUUCUGGUCAGAGAGUCUACAGACAAAUCUUCCCAUGUGCUGUCGGUUCGAGACCACGACAAGGCCAACGAACCAUGUGUCAAACAUUACAGAAUACGCAAGCUGGAUAGUGGUGGCUUCUACAUUAGCCCAAAGAGGACAUUCACAAACAUGCUUGAUCUGAUAGAUCACUACAGAAAAAGCACCGAUGGGCUGUGCACAGUGCUAGCAGAGGCUUGUCCAAGGAUCCGACCAAUUGUUCAUUUCCGGGAGCUGGAAGUUACCCGAGAUUCACUAAAAAUGACUAUCAAGCUUGGAGCUGGCUGUUUCGGCGAAGUAUGGAAGGGUAGGUGUUACAGGGUAAACUCGAAUGUGAUCGAUGUGGCUGUGAAGACCCUAAAACCAGGCACCAUGACCGCGGAAGCCUUCUUGGCAGAGGCGAAGAUCAUGCACCAGCUGCGUCACAGGAAGCUGGUCCAGCUGAUAGCUGUCUGUACAGAUGAGGAGCCCAUUCUCAUCAUGACAGAGCUGAUGACAAACGGCGCCCUACUGGACUACAUCAGGAAGGAUGAGGGCCAGCGGAUGCGCUUCCCCACCAUCAUUGACAUGGCAUCACAGAUUGCAGAGGGCAUGGCCUUCUUGGAAGCUGAGAACUUUGUUCACCGUGAUCUCCGUGCAGCCAAUAUCCUUGUCGGUGAACACCAUGAAGUCAAGGUUGCCGACUUCGGUCUGGCGAGAAUUCUGCAAGAUGAGGAUAUUUAUGAAGCCACAGAAAAUACGAAAUUCCCCAUCAAGUGGACAGCUCCUGAGGCAGCUCUGGAAAGGAAGUUCUCUGUCAAGUCCGACGUCUGGUCAUUCGGCGUUCUCCUGUACGAGCUGGUUACCUUCGGGAGAGUUCCCUACCCUGGUAUGGGAGGCUCAGAGGUGCUGCACAAGGUGGACAAAGGCUACCGUAUGCCCAAACCCACCGGACCAAUCAGCUACACAGAGUCCUACUACGACCACAUGCUCAAGUGCUGGAACAGAAAACCCGAGGAUCGACCGACUUUCGCCUACCUGCAUGACUUUUUCGAUGACUACUUUAUAGCCACGGAACCUGACUACAGAGAUACAGAAGACAUGUGAUGUCACCCUGUCACCCCUAAAAGAAACAAUAGACUAGGCCAGCAGGAAUCUUGCUGCAUAAUACAUGACUGUAGAGGAAUGCCAUCUAUGAUUUGAUUGGUGCAUGCAGAUAUAUUUGUAACCAAUGAUACGCUUAAUCAGAUGCUGCAGUGCAGCCACAUUCGAUGCAAUCACCCAUGGCAGACAACGUAAACCACAUCUGCCAUGUUAGAUUUCCCCCAUAUCAAUUCAUUGUUUUAGAAGUUUUUUUUGUUUAUUAUUCAAAUUGUACAGUGUUUAAAUUUUAUGAAAUAUUUUUUAUCACUUGUAUAUAUUUAGAGUCAAUUUUAUGAACAUAUAGAUUUUUAUAUACGAUCAUACAAAGUAUGAUAUCUGGCUUGGGCCCACCUCUUCAUGGACCAAGGUACUAUUUUUGAUUUUUUUUCUUUGGUAUCACCUUAAUGUUAUUUUGGUAUAUCCAAAAUAACAGCAGAUGGAUAUAUUCAGAGAACUAGAUGACACGCUGAUCAGAAAGUACAGUGUUGACUGAAAAGAAACAGCACAGAAACUACCUGGUAGUUGAAGAAGGGAGAUAAGUCAGUAGGUGAUUGUAGUUAUCUCCCUUUGCUGUAAUCACUGCACAAAUGACAGUUGUGUUCAGAAAGGGUAGAACAAGUGCCUUUCUUUAUUGCUAGUAAUAGUUACAUCAUUGUUGUCAUUUCAUUCAGCCCUCUGAUAACUUCAUAACAUAAUUUGUCCUGGGUACCUCACUGUGCUCAAUGGCUUCUGACCCAAAGCCUUGAACAUCAGACUUCUCUCCCACAGCUUCAGAUUAACAAGGGGAGGAAUGCUUUGGAUAAUGUUCAUUCAUGUAUAUUCUUUGUCUCUCAUUUUUGUGUUCCAUUACUUUUCAUUGUCGUAGCAGAGUGAGUACAUUUUUUAAAAUGCAUAACUUUCUCCGUUUCUUAACAUCUCCCAAGUUUGAUAUCAGAUCUAGUUGUAAGAUGAUAGUACAUGAUUCAAGAUCAUUUUCAUAUAUUGGAUAAGUUUUUGUCAGAUAAUAAGUUACAGUUACUCAUGAUAAAGACAUUAUAUGAAGUUGUUCUGCUAUAUGUACACAGAAGUGUUAAUUGUUGAUAAUUGUUUUGAUCACUCUGACAACUGUAAUUAAAGUUCAAAACGUGAAAGUGUACUGGCUGUGCAAUGGUCUUGAUUAAGCUGCUCAUUCUGUCAGUUCAUCCGCUGAAGUCAUGUGCUAGCUGCUGGCACAGUAGAUAGAAUGUUUGUUGACAACAGAUUCUGGUUUCACCCCACUUGGGUUCAACUGUGAGUUCUUGUUGUCAUCAGCCAUGAAAGUAUGCCAGUGCUAAAGGCAGCAGAAGACCAUUCUUAUCUGUAUGCAGUGUUCAAAGCGAGCAUCUUCUCAUAAUCCAAUGGUAGGUAGAUUUCUUGUCAGGUAGUCUCAAAUUUGUGUGGAUCCAUAUGGUCUGCAGCAAACAUACAUGUAGAUUUAUUUGUCACAAUCAGCAGCAUUUAAAAAAAAAAAAUGAGGGUAUUAAAAGUUUGGUCAGGGCCUACAGUCUAAUGUCUGUGGGUCCCGAUGGUAUUCUUGCACUUUUUCUUUAUUUCAAACAUUGGCAGUAUGCCUUUCCAAUGAUUUUCUGUUACCAUGUCAUCCAUCGUAGCCAAGGUUAUGAGAGGUUCCACAAUUCUGUAUUUUUUAGUUGGUUUACAAACGGUUUGUAUGUAACAAGGGUUUGGGGCUAUGUGAGAAGUCUUAAAAAAACAAAUUACAGUGUGUCAACUCCCUGAUUACUUCUGCAACUAAUGAAUAAGAAACAAACCAAUUUUAGUGUGGCAAGGUAGUGAAUCUACCCAAAUGCAAUUGAUUUUGUUUGUUACAGUACAAGAUUGUAUGCAUGUUAUUCACUGUUUCUUACACUGUUGAUGAAAUCUCUUACUAUUUCCAUUUCACACAUUUGAUCAAACGAGUCAUAUAGACUAAAUAAUUCAGUAGUCACUUUUUCUCCAGUUUCAGUGAUGUUGAGAUCUGUUGGUCUUGUCACUGUGUAGCCAAGUUGAGGAAAAUGUUCAUUCCAGGAGCAUCCAAAAAAGUUCAUUCCUAAAUUUUAAGAGAUUUAUUUGUUUCUUACAUUCUGAGUUCUUCCAUAACCAUUUAAUAAUCUCUCACCUUAUCACUAGAGGUUAUGGGGAGCAGUGAUUUUCACAUUCAUCCAUUCCAAGGUGAAAGCGAUGUAGUGUCUAGAUAUAGUUACAGAUCAACAUAAGCUUUAUCUAGUUAUCUCAGAUGCUUUACGGAACACUUGCUUAAGAUUUGUUCAUUCUGGUGUUGCCCUCUGUGAUGUUGCUGGAAUAUUACUAAAAGCCGCAUAGAACUCAACUCAAUCACUCACUUAAGUUUUGUUAUUUCCACUGGAAGAAUUGUAUUAUGUAAAAUUGAAUGAAUCAACUCAGAUGAAUUGGUUAAGAUUUAUUUUGGAAGUUUAUUAGUAUCCAAUAUGUUUAUGGUGGUAUAAGCGUCAAGACAAGUGUGCUCACUGUGUGAAUUCACACACCGAACUUACACAAAGUAUACAAGCAGGUGUUAACAUUUAUGAUACCAUAAGUACGAACUUAUUUCUAAGUAAAUUCUGAUAAAUAGUUAUGCUAAUAAUAUGAUAUCUUCACAGGCUGGUUAUGUAAUCAUUGAUAAAAAAGCUGUCUCUGAGAAGACAUGCAAGAAAUCACUUAGGUUUCAUGCAAAUGAAAUUGCUUUCAAGUUAUUUGUUUGUACUUGGAAGUGUGUAGGUCACGGUGCCCUGAGGGAGUUGAUUGGUGCUCAUAUUAUCUGUCACUAGUUUGCCUUGAUGACAUUAUGUACUGUUAUCAUAUAACUUGAAGAAUGCUGACAUCAGCACAAAACAAACAUAUUGACUGUUUUAUCAUUCAAUGAUUCAUCAAACUCAAUGAAAUCAAACUUUGUCACAGCAAAAUUGUAUCCCAUUCUUCCAACAAUAUAAUUGUACCUACUAGUUUACUUCCUUAAUAUUGGUACGCCAAAGACCCGGGUUCGAAUCCCCACAUGGGCACAAUGUGUGAAGCCCAUUUCUGGUGUCCCCUGCCGUGAUGUUGCUGGAAUAUUGCUAAAAGCAGCGUAAAACCAAACUCAGUUAGUCAGUCAGUCUUAAUAUUGGUAGUAUUUGAUGCAAGAUCUUUCUCAUGAUGAGAAAUGUCAUGGUAUCAUCACUUUGAUGACAUGUUGAUGUGUAAUGUACCCUGCAGCCGACUUCUCUUUUCAAACGGUUAGUGACAAUUUGUUAGAUCUCUACAUCUAAAUAUAGCUACAUUCCAUACAACAUACAAGAGGGCUUCAAUAUUUUUCAAACUAACCUUUUGCAUAGUACAGUCUGUUUUUAUCUGAAAUCUAUAUUUUUCUUGUGGUUUUGUUUAAUAGUCAAUUUUCUGAUAUUUUGUCCACAUUUAUCAAGUGCAGGUCACAAGACAAUAUGUAUGGCAAGUGGGUUUCCAUAAACAAUAUGUUCCUUUGUGGACUUUUAUAUUCAAUUUAGACAUAAUAUAUAUAUAUAUAUGAGUUGUUUUUUUUCCAAAUAUGUAUAUUAUUAGCCAUAUGCAAAAAAAUAGAAUUGUUUUAGUGAAGAUCAAAUAAAAUUAGUUUGAUAGGUUGAUCUUCAUAUGAUUUCUGUAAGUGCCUUUGAAUGAUGCUUUUCUUGCAGUUAGUAUUUCAUAUAAAACAUGCAUUAUCCUGUUGUGCAUCUCUGAAUCGGAACUAACUGCUAAGUGCAAUAACAAACUACCGGUACAUCAAAUAGACUUAAUAUGAUAUCCUUCAAAUAGUGACAGUAUGAUAUCCUGCAAAUAGUGACUCAUUAUGAUAUCCUACAAGCAGUGACUCAUUAUGAUAUCCAGUGCCUUUCUUUAACAUGAGGGGUUGUGUCAAAAGUUCAGGGUCGAUGAGGUAUCCCAGUGGUUAAAGUGGUGAAAUUUUCGAACAAUACUGUCACCAUGGCAACCACUCUUUGCAUAAUGUGGCAGACUGUGCUCAGUUUUAGAAACAAAACCCAAAAUUUUAAAAUGUAUACAAUUGUACCAGCUUGCCUGUAACAAAACAGGAACUUUUAAUAUCAUGUGUAAGCUCUUGACACAACCCCUCAGUUGUGGAUGAUGUUUGGUUUGUAUGUGAUAAAAUAUGUAUUGCACAAAUAAAGAAAUAUAACGUUUUCCUUUGACUUAUCAUUAUAUUUAAUUGUUAUGUUGAAAUAGUUCAUGGAAGAAAAAUGAUUUGGUAAGUCAGAAACAGCUGGUGAAACCAGAAAAUGGCAAUAGAUAGGCUAAAUUAUUUGUUUUUCAUAAUCAUUUCCACAUAUAGUUGAAAAUUAUGGUUGAAAAUUAUGCUCUGAUGGCCACAAUAAGGCUGUCACAGUGUUUGAAUUCUUCUGUUUGUUUUCUAUCAAUCUGCCCGUCCUUGCAUAUAUUUAUAACACUCACAUAAUCAGUAUUUGCCAACUUCGUAAUAGUCAGGAUAGUUUUCAAUACCAUUAGUAAUAUAUACAUGUAUCCUGUGUAAGUCAAAACUUCUGUUUUUCAUGGUAAUGUUGAUUGGUCAUCCCAGUGUUUUAGUCAGUCAGUGGUAUGACUAGCAAAAGGGUUCUGGUUCACUGGCCAUGUUAGUAGGAUCUUUUUAUGUCCUGUUACCAUGACAACAGGGUCCCAAGAUCCUGCUGUGGGUGAGGAAGUGUAUUAGUCAGUAUGCACUCAUCCUGUAUCUCUCAAUAUUCAGUUUUUCCAAGUAUGAUUUUUGUUUUACAAUGACAAUGCAACUGUAACAUCUCUUGUCCGACCACUUCCUUCUUGUGUACACUUAAGAGCUCUUCUUUCUUUAAAUAGAAACAAUUGUAAAAUUUGUCAUGUUUUACAUACUUUUGACAAAAGAAGGAGCACAAUUGGCUGGCAUUGGAUGAAUGUCCUCAUAUUGUCAUAUUCAGCCUGAGGAAAAUAUCAGUGAAAUAAUGUUAACUAGGUACUUUAGGUAGUUCACCUUAAAAAGGGGGAAUAUUGUUUUCCAAAACAUCUAUUUUUUCAAUACUCUUGACAAUUAAAGAGACAAUUCUUUGUCUGUUUUGAUGUGUAUAUUUUCCUACAUUUAAAUAUAUGUUUUGGAAGUUGUAUAGACUAAUCCUUUCUUAAAACUGUUUUAGACUAUUUUAAACCAACUUUUAUGAAGUGUUGUAUAAUUUGUGUGAAACAACAAGCUUGUGUAAUGCAUAUUUUAGGUUGUUUAUACUGUUUUGCUACAAGAUUGUAUUUCAAUUACUUGUUUAGCAUCUUUUAGACUGUCAUUCAUGCUUUGUAAAUAAACUUGAGAAAUAUG